AUGUUCGUCCCGACCCCUCUCUGGCUUUGUCUCUCAGGUACUCUGCAUCUUCUUCUUCUUCUUUUCUUACAUUUGUCCGUUACUUUUGGCACUCUCUCAAAAUUCUACAAUACACACCAUCCAGCCUACGGCCACCAAUCUCAAGCCGUCAAUAUCGCUACAGCUCCAUCACGAAGAGUUGUCAAAACAGCUGGCUCUGCUUCCUCAAUGACCUGCAAUGCCAGCAUUGGAACCGAUUUCCCACAAGUUAUACCCCCGAACCUUGUCUUCCUCUUCAACAAAGAGGACCGGAUUCGUCUCCGCAGGAAGCCUCAUCCUGCGGCCAGUUCAAGGAUAAGAUAUCUUCUGGGUCAACGAUUCAACUGGCUUACAUCCUUUGGGUACUAUUUCGCUGCGCACUCUCCUCUGCCACAUUUCAACGCGGUGCGGGCAGCAAUGAGCUUCUUGGCUAUCGACAGCAGCUUUAAUGCUACAUAUCAUAUUUUCUGCGGGCAAUUCUUCCCGUGUGUAAGUCAGGUUGCCUCGGGACGGCCGACCACAAAACCAACUAGCCAUGCAUGGACUGCAUACAGCCUCAAACACUUUGAGAAGAAAGAUCCAGCAAGUGCAAGGAUGGCAGACAUGAUGAUAUCUAUUCUGCAGCGAGGUGGAGAAGCUAAUGAUGCAAUGGCAAACAGCUUGCAUGCCUGGCUUUCGCCGGUGACAGUUGCAACUCUUGUCUUUGGCCCCGAAAGAUCUGUCCUACCAACUGUGUCUUGUUGGAGCAAAUUUGCAUAUGCAUCAAUUAGCCAGAAACCAGCCUGUUCCUGUUACACUGAUUGGACACCGCCUUUUUCACUACUCAAACGUCUUGGGGGCUCUGCAGAGUGUCACAACAUCUUUGACAAAUUAUGGUCCAUUAUCCGCACACCUUCCACAGCACUGUCACCAGACUCAACAAUGCAAUUGCGGCGGGAAUUUCGAGGCUGCAGUUUCUUAUCGUCUUGCCUCCUGUCCUAG